AUGGCGGAUAUCAAUGUUAAAGCCGUGCUCGCAAAGCUAAAUACCAGCGAGAAGAUUGACCUCUUGUCAGGAAUCGACUUCUGGCAUACCAAGGGCUUCCCUGAACAUGGCGUUCCCUCUCUCCGGCUCUCCGAUGGCCCCAAUGGCGUCCGCGGCACCAAGAAUCUUGCCGGUGUGCCCGCUGCCUGUUUCCCAUGCGGCACCGCCUUGGGCGCAACCUUUUCCGUACCGCUGCUCGAAGAAGCCGGUCGUCUUAUGGGUCACGAAUCCAUUGCAAAAGGCGCCCAUAUCCUGCUAGGGCCCUGUAUCAACAUGCAGCGCUCGCCACUCGGCGGACGCGGUUUCGAGUCGCUCUCGGAGGACCCCGUAGUGGCAGGACUUGGGGCUGCGGCUAUGAUUCGAGGCAUCCAGAAAACGGGCGUAGUAGCUACGAUCAAGCACUUUGUAUGCAACGACCAGGAACACGAGCGUGGACUGUACGACGCUGUCAUUACGGAGAGGGCGUUGAGGGAGAUUUACCUGCGGCCGUUCCAGAUUGCGCUCAAGGAGGGAGGCAAGGGCGGACCCGGGGCGGUCAUGACGGCGUACAACAAGUUGAACGGAAGACAUGUCAGCGAGCAUAAGAUUUUGUCCGAGGUGUUGAGGGGAGAGUGGGGAUGGGAGGGCCUGGUGAUGAGCGACUGGUUCGGCACCUACUCAACCUCCGGCUCGAUAAAUGCUGGCCUCGACCUUGAGAUGCCCGGCCCUACUCGCUGGCGGGGUGGGAACCUCCUCCACGCUUUGCGUUCCAACAAAGUGUCAUAUAAGACGCUGGACGAGCGGGCGGAGGAGGUCCUGAGGGUCGUGAAACGAUGUGCAGCAUCCAACAUUCCGGAGAACGCUCCAGAGGGGACGAUUGACACGCCAGAAACGGCAGCGCUCUUGCGAAAGUUGGCGGGCGAGUCUAUUGUGUUGAUGAAGAAUGAAAAGGAGGUUUUGCCCCUUGCGAAGGAUAAAUCUGCAAGUUCUCCCACCCUGACGGUGAUCAUUGGCCCAAAUGCAAAGGUCUCGGUAUUUUGCGGAGGUGGCUCGUCGUCCCUAAACCCAUACUACGCCGUCUCGCCAUUCGACGGAAUCAGCAAUUGUCUCUCGACUGAGCCCCAAUACACCGUAGGCUGCUACGCCCACAAGGAACUCCCUAUCCUCGGCCCAUCCCUCACCACCACAAAAUCUGGCAGCACCCCUGGUGUCACGUUCAGGUCGUACACUGAGCCUCCCAGCGUCGAGAACCGCAAGGCUGUCGAUGAGAUCAGCCUCACAAAAACCGACAUGCUCCUCCUCGACUACAAGCGCCCAGCCAUCACGUCACCGCUCUGGUACGCUGACCUCGGCCUAUGUGUGUACGGGACGGCGAAGCUAUAUGUGGAUAGCAAGAUGGUGAUUGAUAACGAGACGGCUCAGAGGCAGGGAAGCGUGUUCUAUGGGUGUGGCACGGUGGAAGAAAAGGGCAUCAUCCAGGUGACGAAGGGAGCGAGUUACCAUAUCAAGGUUGUGUUUGCCAGUGCGCCAACCAACAAGCUUGGAGCUGGGGGUGUGGUGAGGUUUGGAGGAGGCGGCAUCAGGAUUGGCGGCUGUCCGAUCAUGGAUCCUAAAAUGGAGAUUGAAAAGGCGAAAAUCAUGGCUGAAAAGGCGGACCAGGUUAUCAUCUGCGCAGGAUUGAAUGCCGACUGGGAAGGAGACGGCGCUGACCGCGCCAAUAUGGAACUCUCUGGCCACAUGAACAAACUUAUAUCGACCGUUGCAGCCGCAAACCCCAACACGGUCGUCGUCAUGCAAGCCGGUACCCCCGUUGAGAUGCCGUGGAUCUCGGAGGUGUCGGCCCUCGUGCACGCGUGGUACGGCGGCAACGAAACCGGCAACGCCAUCGCCGACGUGCUCUUCGGACAAGUUAACCCCAGCGGCAAGCUGCCUCUCUCGUUCCCCAUCCGCAACGAGGAUAACCCUGCCUUUUUGAACUACAGGUCUGAGCGUGGCAGGACUCUGUAUGGUGAGGACGUGUACAUCGGCUACCGAUACUACGAGAUGACCAAGAGGGACGUGCUGUUCCCCUUCGGCCAUGGCCUUUCGUACACGACCUUUUCGCUCAGCAAUCUCAAGGUCGCACAGGAGGAUCAAGCGGUGGUGGUGAGUUUAAAGGUGAAGAAUACGGGCAGGGUUGCGGGAGCAGAGGUGGUGCAAGUCUACGUGGCGCAAAAGGCACCUUUAAUCCGGCGGCCCAAGAAGGAGUUAAAGGGCUUCACAAAGAUAUAUCUCGAGGCCGGAGAGGACAGAGUUGUAAGUGUUGAGUUGGUAACUAGAGAAGCGGCGUGCCUCUGGGAUGAAGCGCGGGCAUCUUGGGUGGUUGAGAAGGACACUUACGAGGUUAUUGUGGGAAAUAGCAGUGCGGGGGGCGAGGGGACUUUGAGGGGUAGCUUUGAUGUGAAAGAGAGUUUUUGGUGGAACGGGCUGUAG